GCUGAACCAACCGGAAGCAGUUGCAUGAGAGUAGCCGGUGAAAAUGUUUACGUUCAGUUUAACUCUCGUACGACAUGGGGAAACUCAGUACAACAGGGACAAGCUGCUGCAAGGUCAAGGUGUGGACACGCCCUUGUCAGAAACAGGUUUGCAGCAGGGUGAGGCGGUGGGACAAUACCUCAAAGACAUCAAAUUCAACAAUGUGUAUGUCAGUAACCUACAACGAGCCGUACAGACAGCUGAAAUAAUUCUGAGAAACAACACUCACUGUUCUGGCACGGAGAUGGUCCUGGAGCCAUUACUCAGAGAGAGGGGUUUUGGUGUUGCUGAAGGACGUCCCAAAGAGGAUCUGAAGAACAUGGCCAACGCUGCUGGGCAGUCAUGUCGUGACUACACUCCUCCAGGAGGCGAGACUUUAGACCAGGUGAAGCUGCGAUUCAAAAAAUUCCUCAAAGUCCUUUUCAAGCAAAUGUUAGAUGAACACGGGCAGUCAGGACCACACGCCUCCGCAGGAGCAUCAGGAGCUGGAGAUGCUGCGAACGGACCCGCAGCUGCUACCUCAGUCCUUGCUUCUGUCAGCUCGGCUGAUGACGGUCUCCAGGGAGUGUCGGUCCACGCUCUGGUCGUGAGCCACGGCGCUUACAUCCGUGUAGCCGUCAAGCACCUCGUAGAGGACUUAAAAAGCUCUCUGCCUGCAGGGGUGAAGAUGUCCCAGCUGUUCUCACCGUGUCCUAACACAGGCAUCAGUCGCUUCGUUUUCACCCUGAGCCAGUCCGAGUGCGGCCCGGUCCUCUCUGCAGCUCGCUGCUUCUUUACCAACAGGAAGGAUCACCUGGAAAACCUCACAGCUGCUGAAUAUUGUGAAGGAGUCUCGCCUAGCCUCUGUGGGAACCGACUUGGACAAACCCAUCCUACCAAGGAAGCAUCCUUUACUUUUAGAAGCGCCCAGUUUUUUGGCUAAGAGUUGAAGCUUCCUGAAAUAUCUGCUGU